CCGGGACUUCUGACCUGUGGUCCUGACUGGGGCGACUCCCGGGACCCUGAUCUAUUUGUGGGGCAGUGAAACCAAAGAUAAUCUUUAUAGAAAGGAUGGAGCUGGGGAAAGGAAAACUGCUCAGGACUGGACUGAACACGCUUUAUCAAGCAAUACACCCAACCCAUGGCCUUGCCUGGACUGACGGGAAUCAAGUAAUCUUGACUGAUUUACAGCUUCACAGUGGAGAGGUCAAGUUUGGGGACUCCAAAGUCAUUGGGCAGUUUGACCAUGUCUUUGGGCUCUCUUGGGCCCCACCUGGCAAUGAUAUGCCUACUCUGCUUGCUGUUCAGCAUAAGAAGCAUGUCACUGUGUGGCAGCUGUGUCCCAGCACCUUGGGGUCAAGCAAAUGGACAAUAUCUGAGACCUCUGAGAUUAAGGAAUCACUCCCUGUUCUUCCCCAGGGCUGUGUGUGGUGCCCAAACAGUGCUGUCUUUACUGUGUUGACUGCAAAGGAUGUCUCCGUUUUUCCUAAGGUUUAUUGUAACACUUCCCGGGUAAAACUGAACAUCAACACCCAGAGCCGCAUUCACUGUGCAUGUUGGACCCAGGAUGGCCAGCGACUGGUGGUGGCAGCAGGCAGUAGCCUUCAUUCUUAUAUUUGGGACAGUGCUGGGAAAACUCUCCACAGGUGCUCCUUCUGCCCAGUGUUUGAUGUGGACAGCUAUGUGCGCUCCAUCAUAGCCACUGUGGACUCACAGGUUGCUAUAGCCACUGAGCUUCCACUGGGUAAGAUUUGUAGUUUAAAUGCAGCUGAAACCUUUGACAUCCCACCCAAUGGCGAAGACAUUGACCUAAAUAUUCUUCCAAUCAUUGGUGAAAUGCCCUGUAUGGGAAAGGGGGCAAUUACUUCUGAAGCAAAUUCUGAAAUCUCAGUUUCUCCUGCCUUUUCAGAUCCUCUGGAUCUAACUCAUAUACGUUUCAACCAAUCUGAGUCUGAGGGGAGUUCUCUUAUUUCUCUAAGGAAAAAGGACUACUUGACAGGAACAGGCCAGGAUUCUUCACAUUUGGUUCUUGUGACCUUUAAGGAAGCAGUCACCAUGACCAGAAAAGUCACUGUUCCGGGCAUCCUGGUUCCUGAUCUAAUAGCAUUUAAUCCCAAAGCACAGGUAGUGGCACUGGCUUCCAAUACUUGUAAUAGAAUUUUGAUCUAUUCUGUUGUCCCAUCUUCUCUGGCAAACACUCAGCAAUUUCAGUUAGAAAGUAAUGAAAGACCAAAAGGCAUGUGUUUCUUGACAGACAAAUUAUUGCUAAUUUUGGUAGGAAAACAAAAGUCCACUGAUACUGCAUUUCUUCCUUCUUCAGAGUCUGAUGAGUAUAUCAUUCGCUUGGCUGUUAGAAAAGUAAUGUUGGGAGAAGACUCUUUAGUAACAUCCAAUGAGAGCCAGAGUGCCUACUCUACUUUCAGUACUCUGUUAAAUAAAGCAAAUAGAGAAAAGUUAACUGAAAGUCUUUCCCCAGAUUUUUGCCACCAAAACAGAGGGCCGUUGUUAACAGCUAAUACCACUUGUCAGAGUGGAAGGCCUGGAAGAACCCUUGUUAAAGAAAUCACAAGUCCCCUGUCUAGUAUCUCUGAAGGUUCCCUUGCACUGGAAACACUCCAUAGGCCUUCCUGGGUCUGGGCAACAUUGCCUAGACCAAGCAGAACACCAGACCACACCAGCACACCAGAACCUGCUAAACUGCCUCAAAGAGAGAACUUACAAAAGGAAAAGGAAGUUUACCAGCUAUCUAAGGAACUGGAAGAUGUAUCUAGAAACCUGAUUGAAAUGCAGCAGUAUCUUUUUGAACUCAUGGAUUUUGUACAUAUGGAGAAGAAAUCCUCUCCAGCAUAUCCACCCUCUCAGGAUCCCCCUUAUGUUCACGUCAUUUAUCAGAAACCUUGUUAUGUAGGUCCUGCUGAGAAAAGAGUGGUGCUUCUCUGCAAUGGCAAACUAAGGCUCAGUACAGUUCAGCAGACGUUUGGCCUCUCCCUUGUGGAGAUGCUGCAUGAUUCCCACUGGAUCCUUCUCUCUGCUGACAGUGAAGGCUUCAUCCCAUUAACUUUCACAGCCACCCAGACUGUCAUUGUGAGAGAUGGCCUCCUGUGCAGGUCAAAUGUCUCCAGAGACUUACUCUCUCAUAGCCAAGAUCCUGAAGUCUUUGGAGACCUGACCACCCAGAGUUUUCGAUACCACUGGCUCCUCUAACCAUUUAGACAGAGCAGCCUGAUACUUGUGGAGUAUUGGAUUUGUAGCUUUUUACAUGCAGCCAUGACAAACAAGGAGUUUUGCACCAUGGACUCUCACUGGUGAGGUUUACAUUGUGUUGCUGUAGUUGCUCAUCUGCGUUAGAUGGCUCUGAAAGUUUAUGUAUUCAUGACCGUGGUUUUGUAUAAGAGCAGAAUUCCCAGAAUGAAACAAUACUGUGGUACCAUAUGGAUUGUGUUUUAUGGUUACUAUGAGGCAUUGUGUCCCCUGCCCAAAGCUGGGUUAAGGCUGUCUUAGGAGCACUUAACAGAUACCUUGGCAUUGUUCUAGGUCGUUUCCUUGGCUUAAGAUGAGGGUAAGGAGUGCUUCUGGAGAGCACAAGCUCCAGCAUAUAUCCUUUCUAACUUCAAGCCAGCAGGUGUUAGCGGAGUGCAGAGGAAGCCAAAAGUCUCACUUGGGCUCCCAGGGAUGCGUGGAUCAGGAGUUAGUUCUGGUGGUCUUGCCUCCAGAGAUUUCAACCUAACCCUCCUGCCUCCUUAAACAAUUCUGACUGAGGUCCAGAGACUGCUAAACUCUGUCCCAAGUUUUGAAUGAGAUAUCAAGUGAUUUGACCCAACAGGGUUCCACCUGACCUCGUGCUGAUGCUGAUAAUUGUGUGAUGUCAAGCACACGCUAGUCUUCAGGCAUGACUGUGUGCUGAACUCAGGAUUUUCUCCCUAACAUUUGUCGUUUUAUUUUCUUUUACGUUCAUAAAAAUUUCCUGUUUUCCUCCAAGUAGUUAACUUGUCCAUUUUUAGUGGUGCUGGGGAUUAAACAUAGGGCCUUGUAUAUGCUAGGCAAGUGCUCUCCCAAUGUGCUGCACCCCUAGCCCAACUUGUCGCUUCAAUUUUGAUAUUUUUCUUUCCCCUUCUUUCUUCAAGACUAGUAGAGAAUCUAUGAGAGAAAAUAUUUCUGAAAGGUGAUAAUUUCACUGAAUCUGAGAUAGUGUGCCAGUUUAGAGCUGAUGGAGUGGCUAAAGUUGUAGAGUGCCUGCCUAGCAAGCAUGAGGCCCUGAGUUCCAAUCCCAGUACCACUAAAAAUAAAAUAUCAUUAUAUAUAAAGCGUAUCUGUUUAUUAUCCUUAUGAGUAAAGUACCAGCUUAGGAUAUUGGGCAGAAUCCCAAAAUCCCUUCAGAUGGACACAACAGUUCUUACUGCCUUCAGACAGAAUCACAGGUUUCAGUCACGGCAGCACAGCCCAUUGAUCAGGGUGUGGCAAGACAGAGCACAUCUGCAGAUAAUUGUUUCAGCCAUCUAAAUUCCAUUAGCACACAGACUUCCCCUGCCUUCCUUUAAAAUUAUCCAGAAAGAAAAUACUUUGUUGCCCUCGGAGACUCCUGUCUGUUAUAGUUUAUGAAGAUGGAGCUGGGCUAGAAAGGAAGCAAGGAUCCAUUUUGUGGUUCAGAUGCAUUAGGCAGCUGGUGGGAUAAUGGAAAGAGAGGCCACUCAUCACUAAUCAAUGGCUUGAGAGUGGUGGCCGAAGAUGGUCUGAGGCCUGACUCCAUUUGCCAAGGAAGUGUCUGGGAUGUGGUGAAAUCACAACUGUUAGAGGGACCCUUGAGUAAAAUCAAUGUGGAUGCCUCAAGAUGUCUCAUCACCAUUUCUUAUGACAAAAUCCUGUGGAUGAGUCUUCCAUAAAAUCACUAAUAGAGAGAGGUUGAGGUUGCUUUGAAUGUUUCCAUGGUAUCUUUGUUAUGAUUAUUACUGGUAUAGAGAAAUGCUCUUGAUUUUACAUAUGUAUAGGUUAUCAUUGUGUUUCUUCUUGUGGCAGCCCCAGUCCAGAAUGUAAAUUCUUUCUUUAUAACAAAUCUGAUUUCAUAACAACUCUUAUACAAGAGUUUCCUUGGCGUCAGCUAUUAUGAUCAUUGGAACAGUGAAAACCAAUGCAGUGUUUGCUGGUUUUGGAGAUGGGGAAAGAAACACUAAAUUCUUUAAAUUGCUGUUUAGUGUUGCAUUGAAGAUAUUUUGCAUAA